AUGGCUGCUGCUGUCUCCCGAGAGGACGUUCUCAACUGCUCCUUCAGCUGCUGGCACGCGUUGUUCAGGCCCCACUCCAUCCCAGCCUGGGUGCUCGUGUUGCCUCCCUCCUUCGUGGCCUAUCUUCUCGCCGACGGUAUCAUCUUGCCCGAGGCCCACUACAACCACCAGCAGUACCACUCUGUCCACACCCAAGACUCUGAAGGCGACUCUGGCGACGACUCCAGUCCCUGGCUCUUCAUUGCCGACGCUCCUGCUUCUGAUGUCACUGCUCCCUUCAGCGACUUCCACGCACAGUUGUCCAAUAUUAUGGCCCUCCAUGCCCCUGUCUUCCCUAAGUUGAACUGGUCUGCCCCCAAAGACGCCAACUGGCUCCUCCCCGACGCCACCAUCAAGUGCUACACCACCUCUGAUGUCUACUUGCUACUCAAGUCCUCCGACCACAUUCUCUUCGAUCUCACCCAAAUGCUCCCUCUAGCUGCUCAAGACGACCCAGAUGCCCCCCAUGACGAAAAGUUCGAACUUGUGCUCAAACAGUGGUUCAACAUCAACCCAUCCUUGGAGUUCAGGGUUUUUGUAAGGGAUAACCACAUUAUCGCCAUCUCACAAAAGGAUCCAAACUACUAUCUGUUUUUACAUUCCAUGUCUCACGCCAUCACUUCCAAAAUAUCCUUCUUUUUUGAUUCAACAAUUAAAAACGUCUUUCCAAGCAAAAAUUACGUUCUAGAUUUAUAUCUACCUACUUCAAAUAAUAAAAUUUACAUCAUCGAUAUCAACCCAUUUUUCUCUCAUACUGACUCGCUAUUAUUUACUUGGGAUGAAUUAUUAUCCUUGUCUUCAUCCUCUUCAGCCUCAUCUACGCAAGAUUUUCCCUUUGAAUUAAGAUUGGUCGAAAAAUUUAACACUUCCACCUUUUCCUCAAAAAAAUACUCAGAAAGUCAACUACCAAAAGAUGUAUUAGACUCCUCAACUGAUACUCAAUCAAUGGUUGAUCUAAUCAAAAAUUGGCAAUCUCUAAUGGAAAAUGAUCAAUCUUCGGAUUCAGACUCAGAUUCAAACUCAGAUUCAAAUUUAAAUAAUCAAAAGAAAUAA